UCCGCCUCGGUUCUGUCCACACAGAACGUGAGCAGUCUGCCUGUUACAGCGCCGCUCGGUGCUAAACCGAUUGAUGUUGUGUUUUUAGCCACAUGUCCCUGUAAACUAGACCAUUAUAUCGAAGAAUGAGUGACAACGAUGACAUCGAAGUCGAUAGUGACGAAGACUCACCGAGAUAUCACUGUGUGGCAGACAAACGGGCGCACCACAACGCCCUGGAGCGCAAACGUAGGGACCACAUCAAAGACAGCUUCCACAGCCUCCGGGACUCGGUCCCCGCCCUGCAGGGGGAGAAGGUUGGCAAAGUUCAGCCUGCAAGUCCUCCAGGCACACGAUGCUCCGGCUCCCAUGCGUCUCGAGCUCAAAUCUUAGACAAAGCUACAGAGUACAUCCAGUACAUGAGGCGAAAAAAUCACACACACCAGCAGGACAUCGACGACCUGAAGAGGCAGAACGCGCUGCUGGAGCAGCAAGUCCGCGCUCUGGAGAAGGUGAAGGGCUCCGCCCAGCUCCAGGCCAGCUACUCCUCGUCUGACAGCAGCCUGUACACCAACCCCAAAGGCAGCGCCGUGUCGGCGUUUGACGGCGGCUCCGACUCCAGCUCCGAGUCGGAGGCCGAGGAGCCGCCCAACAGGAAGAAGCUGCGCGUGGAGGCCAGCUAGAGGAACGCCUGGUCGUCACGGUUGGAGGCGGCGGAGCAAGGAUUAGGGCAAGAGGAAACGCGGCCUUCAGCGCUCUCGAGGCUCAUCUACCCCCCCCCCCCCGUCCUCCUGCCCCUCCUCCAUAUGUGCGUGGGCUUGCACUGGAGACUCGUGACCCCACUGACCUCACGCCGCCGCCACCACAAUUGUCUCUCCACGAUCUCCAAGAACAGGAUGGAGGAAGUCAGCCGGUGUGAAGAUGACUGCUUCUACCCGUGUCGAGAGCUUCAGGUUUUUCCCCCUCCCAUCCCUCUCCUCCUCUUUUCUUUGGUUCUCCGUCGUUGGUAUUUCCCCCCGUCAACACCAACAAUCCGAAACCCCAAAAGAGGCAGCUUGACUACUUUAGGACUUGAUGCUUUUUUAGGUGGGGGGGGGGGGGGGCGGUGCUCCUGGUGUGCUAUAUAUUUUGUUGUUUUUCUUGAUAAAAAAAAAUAAUUAGAAUUUACACACAUACACAAAACCUAGAUAAAAAUCGUCCCAGAGGAAUUUACCUUUUUAAAAUAUGAAAUAAGACAUUUGUAGCUUACUUUUUUCUCUCGCUUUGAAGCAAAUGUUAGUGACCCCUCCUCAGGCCCACUGGAUUGCAGAUGCUUUCUGCCCGACACGUCGUUGUGAUCACAAAAUUAAAAAAAGAAAAAAGAAAUCAUGACUCCUUUGUUUAAAUUGGUGUUUUGAAGGAGAAUAUUCCUAAACUUGUAUCGUAUUGUCCUUUAGCUUGAAGUCGUGAAUGAAUUAAGGUGGCUGAAUACGUUGGGCAUCUCGUUUUAUAUAUUAUAAAAAGCAUUGAUUGGAUGUUUUCAAGUUCUAAAGUAUGUUAUGCAUUUUGUAGUAAUCUCACGAGUCAUGGAAAAAUGCCAAUUUGUCACGUAGUUUUCCUGAAGGGAAUGAAAUAGGUAUUGGAUGUCAAAAGGUAGCUCCCGUCGUUUGCAGGACAAGGAAGCGAAACAAUUCCCUCGAUGUGUUGUGCUUUACACGGUAAAAAUCAAUGUUGCUGAAUCCCCCCCCAGGGAAAAAAAAAAGGAAUCAUUUUGCGUGUCUAGGAAACGUGUGUAUGUAUAUGGUUUCCAUUUUAUUUCCAUUUAGGAGGAUAUCAUUAGUGUAACAGGUCUUUGUUUGUCCGAUUCCAUUCCAUGGAAAUUACAAGUAUGUUGUACAUACUGCCAGCAGUUGUCUUGCGAGUUGAGGCCGAUACCUUUACUAUGAGACUAUAAAAUAAACUAUUUUAUCCUUUA